AGUGCGCCCUGCCUGCCAGUCGGAGGAUGGGGAUUUUUUUUUCCCAUUCAUCCACGUCCCCUUUUUUUCCCUCCUCCUCCUCCUCCUCCUCCCUCCUCCUCCUCUCAAACAAGCCAGUCGGUCUGUCAAUGUGCUGCGAGCAUUAGGGCAAGUCAAACCAGUGGGAUUUUUUGAGGCAAGAGAGACGGAUGAGAUAACCAACGAAGCGCUGUGUGGGGUUUUUUUUUUCUUCUUCUUCUUCUUCGUCGCUCCCCCCUCCUCCUCCUCCUCCUCCUCCUCCUCCUCCUCUGGUCCGAGGAGCGACGCGUCCGGCAGCUCUCCAAAUGAUGCGCCGCAUCAGAUAGGCGUCAAUUUUUUUACUCUCUCCUCUCUCUCCUCAACCUCGGGGAGGAAACCGAUGCGCACAACUCGCAUCUUAUUUUCUUCCUUUUUUUUUGGUUGUUUUUUUUUUUAAAACAAUCACUCGACAAGUUUCGCGUCGGCCUUUUUGUGCGACGCCACCGAGAGCGAGGGAUGCUUUUUUUUUUCUUUCUUUUUUUCUAGCUCUUUGGUUUCUUACUCUCAGUUUUCUUUGAAUUGAUUUCUCGGACUUACUCGCCGAUCUGGAUCCUGGUUUGGUUUUUGGUUUGGUUCUUCCUCUUUUUUUGUGUGUGUGUGUUUUUCUAUAAUCGUUAUUUCGCUGAAGGAUUUACAACCCGCGUGUUUUCUGCCAAGAGGAGAAGAAGGAUUGUAAAUGCGCACUGACUGAGCCCACCGAGCAUCAACGCGUCUUUCACGAGGAUGGAGCCGUGGACGCGAGUGACAUCUUUUCCAUUUUAAACGCUUUUAUUUCUCAUCUUCACACGUUCGUUUUCUUUUCUUUCAUAUAUAUAUAUAUUUAUAUAUAUAUAUAUAUAUUUGUUUGUUUGGCCCGACCUGACCACGUUUCUCCUCGCUCCAAGCCCGACGCGUUUGGAAGGUAGAUCCUCUUUGCGGCGGGGAGCAAGGUAAUGGGAGAGAAAUCACCCAGAGUCGGCUCAGAGAACAAGGGAACAUUGUUCGGAGAAAGACAAUUAGGGCGCACCGAGAGGCAGCAGAAAUAGCUCCCGGGUGGCGAUACGUUUCCCCGGGCACGAUUUCGAUUUCAGCGGGAGUUCAGUUCGAGCCGAGGAGCACUGCUUUGGAAGAAGAAAGAAAGAAAGAAAGAAAGAAAGAAAAAAAUCCCGAGGACUAAUGACAAAUUAAUGGGAAAGUCAUGGGAUUGGCACUGAAAUAGUACGGGGUCGAGGACGCGCAGCAGAAAGAGAGAGAGAAAAAAAGAGAGAAAUAAAGAAAUAAAGCGUCGCGUUUUCCUCUUUCUGCGGGGAGAUCCAGACGCACGGAUUGGAAACAAGUUUCUCCCCGAGUCCAGCCUGUCGGUUCGAUCCCCCACCUCCCCUAUCGCGCAGUUUUUUGAUAAAUCGUGGAUGCAUGAGGUCGCGCACACAGCGGGCUUCCACUCCACACUUUGACUGCCUCCACCUAUAGCCUGCUCGGCUGUGGUCGCGCACCCAUUGUUUUGAGAGUCGCGCAGAAAAGCCCAUCCACUAUAAGAAAAGAAAGAAAAAAGAUUCUCGUUCAUUUCUUUCUUUUCUUUUUUCAUUUUUCUAAUAAAUGGGGCUACAUAUGCUGGGCGUCAGGGUUGAAAUGGCGUGUCGAGGAAGUGGGAAUGGAUUGGGGAUCCUGCUGAUAUUCUUACUGGAUUUACUGGGGACGGCGGCCAGCAAUAUGGAGCCCAUCUACUGGAAUUCCCUGAACGAAAGGUUCAGGGACGACAAGGGCUACAUCCUAUACCCUCAGAUCGGGGACCGGCUGGACCUCAUCUGCCCUCCGCUGGACACCGCCAGGUCCACGCCAGAGUACGAGUUCUACAAGCUCUACCUCGUGUCGUCGCGGGAGCAGGCGGACCGCUGCGAGGUGAUGGGGCCCCCCAACAUCGUGCUGACAUGCGACGAGCCCACCCGCGAGCGCCGCUUCACCAUCAAGUUCCAGGAGUUCUCGCCCAACCUCUGGGGCCACGAAUUCAAGAGCAUGCACGACUACUACAUCAUCGCUACGUCAGAUGGGACGCGUCAAGGCCUGGAUAGCAUGAGAGGCGGAGUGUGUGCCACGCAAGGCAUGAAGGUGGUGCUGAAAGUGGGGCAGAGCCCAUAUGGGCUGCCUCCGAAGAAGGAGCCGCCAGCGGGACGCACCACCAACAGAAACCCAGGCGGCGGGGGGAACUCCACCCAGUCUCGAGGACCCAACAGCUUCGGAGGAGAGGGCGGCGGCGAGAACGGGCCCCUCCAACCCUCCAAUAUAGCCCUAAUUGCCGGCGCCGCCGGAGGCUCCGCCUUCCUCCUGCUGGUGACCGCCGUGAUCUGCGUGGUAUGCUACAGGCGGCGGCACGCCAAGCACUCGGACACCCACCACCCUCCGCUGUCGCUGUCGUCGCUCACCAGCCCCAAGAGAGGCGGCGGCGGGGGAAUCUCCAGCUCCAACAACAACGGCUCCGAGCCCAGCGACAUCAUCAUCCCCCUGCGGACGUCGGACUCAGCCUACUGCCCUCACUACGAGAAGGUGAGCGGAGACUACGGGCACCCCGUCUACAUCGUCCAGGAGAUGCCGCCCCAGAGCCCGGCCAACAUCUACUACAAAGUAUGAGACGGCCGCUGCUCCGGGCCGCUGGACACAUCCACCUCCCCUCUAACCCAUUAUCGACCAAUCCCCUGCUCCAAAUGAAGCCACAGCAACGCUCGCCAUCACAGCUCCGACCCUGAACCCCUCAAUACUUACCAGUAUUGUCCCACGGAACCUCCCCCCACCCCCCACCCCAACUCACUGCCCCGUGAGCCCGGCCACAGUUGUGUUCCUAGCUGAAUAAACCACCCCACCCCAUUCUAACACAACUGGGCCACCAAGUGUGUGUUAAGGGCGACGUCGUAUUCGUGCGUAGCCCUUCUUAACAAGGCCCUCACGAGAUGGGCAAGAGCCUCUGAGUGCCCGCCCCUCCACUUGUAAACUCAGAGCUAAACGAGCCCCACCCAGCGCUGAAUUGAAGAGUAGUCCCCUGUAACACCCAGUAUGUGUGUGAGUUUCUGGGAGUAUGGACGUGGGCGUUGGGACCUGAGAUGUUUUACAAAAGAGUAAAAAAAAAAGAAAGAAAAGGACUACAAGUAAAAAAAAAAACAAAACAAAACAAAAAAAACUCCACCCCUGACCCCACUUAGCGCCGGAGAACUCUGAUUCCCAGAGGCCAUACCUGCCUAGCUCACCGCCCUGCCCCUCAGAGCUCCAUCGGCCAACCAGAGACCGGCCCCUGCCACUAACUCACCAAUAGGAUUCUAGUUUGUUUGUGUUUGUUUCUCCUGAGAAAAAAAAACGGGGGGCCUCGGACUCAACCAAUCAAGCGAGCCCCGGGCGACGGUCGCGUGACCAGGCCUGAGGAGGUCUGUCCAAUCGGUGACACUCAGAAUCUUGUAUAUUUUAAUAAUGUGUGUGUGUGCGUGCGUGCGUGCGACUGCGCGAGUGUGCAUACGACUCGAGAUAAUAAUUAUGGCGCUGCUGCUCCACAUUAGACGUGUGUGUGCAGUUAGUGCGCUUCAGUACAGCAAAGUUUGCAUAUGAGUUUGCAUAUGCUUGCGUGGGGUUUAGUUUGUGUGUGUGUGUGUGUGUGUGUGUGUACGCUUCGUGUGUGCGAGUGACUGUGCGUACGCGUGCGUUCUUUAGACUUGUCUUAAAUACCAAAACACAAAAUAGUGAGCGAAUAUCAAAAAAGUGAGAUUUUUUAUCGCUAUCAACACUUAUAGAUUAUAUAUAUGAAUAUCCAGUAAAUAAUUUCUAGAUGUUUUUUUUUUUCUGUUUUCUAUUGUUUUUAUCAUUUCUACCCACUCUGUUAAACUACACUUCUGUUGCUAGGCAUUUUUUUAUCUGCUGUUUUUUUUUUUGUUUUUCACGACUUAGAGCGACCUUGUUUCCUUCCUUUUUAUCCCCCCCCUUUUGAGUUGUAUAUUAAUUUAAUCCCCUUUUGGUUGUUUCUCCAUUUUUCCCGGCGAACAGAGGUUGUGUCUCUCUUCCUCUCUUCCCUCCCUCAUUCACUCCCUCCCUCCCUCCCUCCUCCCCCCUCCCGUCCCCCCUCUAGGGUCUCUGAACUCUGUGUAUAUUUUUAUAGCUCCUUGUACUAUGCUGUAGUUUUGAAGUUUAGACCUCGUUUGUGGAAGUGUUGAGGUAGAAAAACCAUCUAUGAGAGAUUUUUUUUUUUUUUUUUUCAAACGCUUUUUUUGAAACGCAGAAGUGAAAAGAAGUAAAGGGGCAUGGGGGGGAAGGGGGGGCGA